AGGGCCAGAAAAUGUUAGAUUUUGUAAUGGCGAUGCAGCUCUCUCAGUUAGUCAAGAUUGCUUUACAUGACUUGAUUCUUUUUGUGUGUUUUCUUCUUCCAUCAGCACCGAUGUCUAGCUCAGGACAUGAAAUAAUCAUCCCUUGAACAAGCUUGUCGUGUCCCCCACAGCAAGAUUGUCUGCGACAGCAAACAAAGAACAUGUUAUUUGAUAACAUGCUUAGAUAGAUGAUUCUUUACUUCCAUGUGUUUGUAUGGUUAUCACGCACAAAUGGUGAAAACAGGGCAAAAAAAACGGAGCAGGUCUACUCUCCUUUGUAUGUCUCUUUCACCGUGUACCAUGAAUUGGCUCUUGAAGACAGUUAGAAAUUAGACUUUCAAAUGAGGCAUUAAACAAGGUGAUGAUCAACUGCCAAACCUUAAGUAAUGAUAUUCUCCAUCCUCAAGUCCCCAGCCUUGCAUAACCAAAUGCACAAAUCACAGAAAAAAGAACUGAAAAUACAUUAUUAUUACAUAUUGUGUUCACACGUCAGUCCCCGGGGACCAGGGGGGGACAUCACCGACAGAUAAGCAUGUUUGGGUGGCCCCUACCAUCAGCUGGGGAAGGGCUACGCUUGGAUCUUGAGAGAAAGGGUGGGGGUCCCCUCAUGGGUAUCACUUAUUUUAAAUCCUGAACCACACCAUCCCACCCCCCUCUUUUGCCCCUCUCGCCCCAGGCUCCACCCAGAAGUGUGGUUGCCUUUGUCAUUGUAAUCUGGCCCUGUUUGCUAAACGCUUCCACUGUUUACUCUCUGCUAUAGGGGCUUGUAUGAACAGGAGUCAGCAGGACGCAGGGUGACAUCACUUUGGCUGGGGGGGUGUUUGAAAAGCUGCAUUUGUGAUUUCUCGGGGCCCCCUUUCUUCCUUUAUUCUUCCCUGUCUCUAUCCAGGCCUGUCGAACGCAUGAGCUAACUCAGGAGGCUAACAUGGCCUACAGGGAGGAAUUACACCUAAUUACUUGAAUAACUGCUAGGCAGCAGCCUCCCAUAGUCACCAAAAAUCAUUUCCAGGUCUCUGCCUUUUACUGAUAGGCAGACUUCUGGUGACAGAAAAAAAACCUCGGACAAAGCUUUUACAUUCAAAUGGUCCAGGAGAAAUGAAACAGACUGACAGGUACAAACAUUAAAAAGGGGAGAAAUCAAAUUAACAGACAAGGAUUUCAUAUCAUCUAUUUUUGUUGUUGCCGUAGCGAUAAAGUCGCAGACAUUGAAACUGGUCUGUUGAGCCAUUGUUAUCAUCCCUGGCCAUCUGCUGCUGAGGAGUGACAUUCCCUCUCAUUUGCAUGAUGAGUGAUGUAUGAGGAGCUUGGGAGGGCAUAUGCCCCGGUCUUAUGACAAAGCAAGUGAAAGUUAAAAAAAAAAAAAAAAAAAAAAAAAAAAAAAAAAAAAAAAAAAAAAGAUAGAAUAAGGAUCGAUAUAUGGAAAAAGGCUUGAUGGGGGGAGGUUUAAAAAAAAAGAGAGAGAGGAAAAAAAAAGGAAUAAAUCACCUGUGAGUGCAUAUGUGUGUACACGUGUGUGUUCGCUUGCAUAUAUGUUGCAUUUUCACCCAGCGCACACAAAUCUGUGGUGUCUGUGCAUGUGUCUGUGCGAGUGUACGCGCGCAUGAGUAGAGGCUAGUGCGCGCAUCUGCCUUCUUGUGUGCCUGUUUGUGUGUUUUGCGGAUGUGGGAGUAGAGCGAGGAGGGGGGUUGGUGGCUGUUGAUGUGCAAAUGUGCAUCAUGUUGAAGGGCUGUGAAUGGGGAGGUGUGACGUAAAAAGGGACCCGAACGCAGGUGCUUAUCUCGAGGCUGUCAAAGGCACAGUAUGUCAUAUUCCUGGGGACUACCUUUCAAAGCCACAGCACCAGCUCAGCUAUCAAGAGACUGGGAGAAAAUCAAACUUUUUGGAUCACAGCACUAGAUAAUGAACUACAUGAUCACCUCCUGAAAGAUAACACGUGUGGAAGCAUCAACCAGAGUGGACAGUGUGGAUCUGGCAUCUUAUCCUACAGAGGGCUCAGACAACUACAAUCAAAGAUGGAUUCUGAAGGCGAGGAGCAAACCCUGAAUACAUGUACGAGUAGCACAGGGCUGGCCGACUGCAUCGCUGAGACUCACAGCACAUAUGGGUCCAUGGCGAGGAAGAGGAGUGCUCAGGAAGGGGUGCAGGGCGCCCCCGUCAACAAGAGAAAGUCCCUGCUGAUGAAGCCCCGCCACUACAGCCCCAGCGAGGCAUGUGAAGAGGAGAGCGAGGACCUGGCACCGCCACAGGACAAAGAAGAGCUGAGGAACAUUGACACUCCAGCAGAUGGAAACUUAAGUGCAAUCAAUGGAGUUGCCAACAAGAAUGGCUCCUAUGACGUAGCAGCAAAGUCCAGUGAUUCUCUCGGAUGGUCAGAAGUUACAUCUAAUGGCUCUCCACAGUGUGAGCCAGACACAUCUGAACAUCUGAUGGAUGAAGACGACGAGGAGCUCCUUAAUAAUGAAGAAGAAGACCAAAGUCAAGACAGGAUGAGCGGCACAUCAUCACCACAGACUCCAUACGAAGACAUGCGGGAGGCUGAGUGGGAGCCUCUGUCACUGUCUGCCAAGGUGAACGGCUCAGGCUGCAGUCCCUCCAGAGCCUCCGAAGAUCUUUCAGGCAGGAACGGCCACAUGAAAGAAGAGCCUCACUCUGAAUUAGCUGGUCUGAUGGGUAGUAGGGCGAGUAUUUUUCAGGCUGAGGCUCUAAGAUACAGGCCGCUCCCUACAGAGGAGGACAGUGAGGGGGAGGCGGAGGCGGAGAGGCCACCCCGGCUGGACGGCUGGGCUCUGGGCCUCCACGAGAGAGGCCUGGAAAUGAGCCGAGGGAGGUUGAACUUCAGCCUGUUGGAGCAGGCUAUAGCUCUGCAGACAGAGCAAAGACAGGUCCUACACCAUGCCUACAGGGAGAUGGACCGGUUCCUCAUGGAGCAGAUGACCAAUGAUAGAAGGCACCAUAGAAUGAUGGACAUGGACAGUAGACUCAACUAUCAUGGGGGGAAAGAUUCUCCACGUACAGAUAAAAAGGAUAUAAAGUGCCCAACCCCUGGCUGCGAUGGCACCGGUCACGUGACCGGCCUGUACCCACACCACAGGAGUUUGUCUGGGUGUCCUCAUAAAGUCCGAGUUCCUCCGGAGAUCCUCGCCAUGCAUGAGAACGUCCUCAAGUGCCCUACACCCGGGUGCACAGGAAGAGGCCAUGUCAACAGCAACCGUAGCACCCACCGGAGUCUCUCAGGCUGCCCCAUCGCUGCUGCAGUCAAGGUCUCCAAACCUCAGGACGAGAGCCUGAAAUGCAGACAAACACCUGACCGCUCACCAAGGGCCAUCGGCUUGAUAAAGAAGUUCGAGAUGAACCAGAUGAACUACAGGCUCUCUCAUCCAGUAGCAGCCUUGCAAACAAGCCUCACAAAAGACAUGGACAAGUACAGCAGAAUCCGCUUUGAUUACGCCAGCUUUGAUGCACAGGUCUUCGGCAAACAGCCUCUGAUGGGGAACAGCCAGGACCAGGAAAUGUCACAUUUCCCUGACUCACCUCAGCAGUAUCCUGGCUUCCUCGGUGCUCCAGGUGGCCGCUUGCCCACCUCUGGUCAGCACAGCCCUCCGAGUCAAUUUAAAAAAGAAGACGGCCUCCAAGCCACAGCGGCGACCGCCGCCAUCCUUAACCUCUCCACUCGCUACCGGAAGAACAUGGAGGCUGUCGCCGGUCGGCCCUUGGCAACCUCCACAAAGGACAUGCUCAUAGAGGUGGAUGAAAAUGGCACCCUGGAUUUGAGUAUGAAGAAGUGCAAGGAAAAUGUCAAAUCCCAGACAAAAACACCUUUGGACGACCCGCUGUCCCCUUCUGAGUCCACUAUGGCCAAAGGCGGGAGCGUGCUCAUCAGCCCCGCCUUCUACCAGCCGCUGUGUGAGAGAGACAGCUGGGAGAGCCCCAUCCCCAUCAACUUCAGCAAACAACACGUUUUACAGGACGCAGAGGAGGAUUACGAUCAUGUCUCCUUGGAGGAUCAACACUAUCAAGGAGACGGCAGCAUGUUGAGUCCCAAAGCCAAGCUGCUAUUACGAGAUUCAAAGAAAGAGCUUUUGAGCUGUCCGACCCCAGGCUGUGACGGCAGCGGCCAUGUGACGGGGAAUUAUGCAUCACAUCGGAGUGUGUCUGGAUGUCCCCUGGCUGACAAAACACUCAAAUCACUGAUGGCAGCCAACUCUCAGGAACUAAAGUGCCCAACACCUGGUUGUGAUGGAUCUGGACAUGUGACUGGGAACUAUGCUUCGCACAGAAGCUUGUCAGGAUGUCCACGUGCCAGAAAGGGAGGUUUGAAGCUCACACCAAGCAAGGAUGACAAGGAUGAGCAAGAGCUUAAGUGUCCAGUAAUUGGAUGUGACGGACAGGGCCAUAUAUCGGGAAAAUACACAUCCCAUCGCAGUGCAGGCAGUUGUCCACUUGCUGCCAAAAGACAGAAGGAGUCGUCCAUCAAUGGGCUGCCCUUUGCCUGGAAGGCCAAUAAACAGGAACUGCCCCAUUGUCCCUUGCCUGGCUGCAAUGGCCUUGGACAUGCCAAUAAUGUGUUUGCCACUCACAGAAGCUUGUCGGGUUGCCCACUGAACGCACAGAGCAUCAAGAAAAAGCACUCAGAAGAAGAGAUGAUGACUAUCAAACUGAAAGCCAGCAGUGGUGUUGAAAACAAAGAAGACAUUCAACAUUUGGAUCAUGAAAUUGAGGAACUGAAUGAAUCUAACAUGAAAAUAGAAGCAGAUAUGAUGCAACUUCAAACCCAGCAGAUAUCGUCUAUGGAAUGUAACCUGAAGACAAUUGAAGAGGAGAACAAGAUGAUCGAACAGCACAACGACAGCCUUCUGAAGGAGCUCGCCCGCCUUAGCCAAGCUCUCAUUAACAGUCUAACAGACAUUCAGCUGCCUCAAAUGGGACCCAUCAGUGAGCAUAAUUUUGAAGCCUAUGUGAACACAUUAACUGAUAUGUACAACAACUCGGAGCAUGAAUACUCUCCAGAGUGCAAGGCCCUCUUGGAUAAUAUCAAACAGGCUAUUAAGGGCAUCCAUGUUUAAGCUGUAGAGCUACCAAGAGGUUUCUUUGACUUGGGAUAAUGGCACUAGAUAGCUCUAUUUUACUGAAGAGUGCUGGCUGACUGCAUGUAUAAGACGAGGCUUUUGGAAAUGUGUUUGGCAUUUCCCGGUAAAUACACUGCACUGAGAAAAUUACCAGCCAGAUUUGUAAUGCUUUUACUGUUUCUGCAUUCACUUGAUAUGUUUAUCCUGGUGAGAUUUUUACCCCUCUUGCACUUAAUUAUUUUGUAUGGUUUGCUUGAUUUUAAUCUGUAUGUGUUCAUGUCAUUCUUAUAUUAUCGCUAUUUAUUAUUAUAUUUGCUCAUCAGUGUAUUUAUUUCCUCGAUUUUUAUUUAUUUCUAGAAUUGUAAAUGCUUAAUAUUUGAGAAAUCUGUUUGACUUUCUGCACAUUGUAAAUUACAUAGAAGCACAUUCCAAUUUCAUGGCAUACUUUCGCCAUCUAGUGUUGAAAAGCGUAUAUUAUUAUUAGACCAUAAGUUGGAUCUCCCUUCAAAGUAAAAACCUACCAAAACGACUAAGCAUCAAUAUUUUUAAGCAUUGCUUUUGCUUUGUUUAUUGGAAACUGAAUGUAUGGAAAAGACAAAGUGAACACUGAGAUCAAAAAAAUGCAAUGCAUCAGUACUGUACCUUUUUUCUUCUUAACCAAUAACAGCUGAAUGCAACCAGGAAGUGACACUGAGCAAAAAUGCAACAUCAUUCGGUGAACUGAAUGUCAGAUUCUGCUUUGCAUAGCGUGCCACAAGAGGAGUGCAACAAAAAUCAAAAAUCCACUUUGUCAAGAUGUCUUUUUUUUAAAUAUAGAUAUUAAACUGCCUUCUGUGCACACACUUUGAAGUGUGCAUAUAGUAUGUGCCUAAAUGUAUAUGAAUCCAUAAAAAUAUACGAGUACUAUGUUUUGUGGUAGGACAGUAUUAUGUGGAUGGUGUCUAAUUUAUGAUACAGUACAAUUAUUUUCAUAGGAGGAACUGUUCCUGAUGACUGUUUAAAUACCGUUGUCUCAGUAGCUGUAAUCUCAGAGUCAGGUUUUGAAAUAUCAACGACUGAGAUUGAAAAGUCUGGUGUUUAUUUUAACUUUUGCUAGCAUGGAGAGGGGAAAAAUGAAUGAAGGAGUGAAGUAAAAAAGAAAAAAAAAAGAAAAGAAACAUCUGCUCCUGUUUUAACUGCUUACAAGCCUUAACAUUUCAACCAGUCUUACAGUUUGAAUAUUCUUGUAACGCUUGGGGCAGAUUUGAAUAGUAGCUAUUUCAAAACCGAGCUGACUACCACUACAACUCAUGUUUCAGUUUCAAUCGUUAAACACAACAAAAAAAGAGAAAAAAAA